UAUGGCAACGGAACUCACUUCGUUUUUCUCACCCAUCCUUGUGAGUGGGGUGUGUGAAAGCUCGCCGAUCUUUCAUAAAUUCCUCAGCACUAGGCCAGACAGGGCACGCUUUUGGCACGUUCUAUCCUUUCAGUAGGUACCUGCCUACAGCUAGACAUUAAGAAAAAAGUUGGAGUGGAAAAAAGUGUAGAAAAUUUGUAUCAUUUCGGUCUUUUCCAGUUUGACCAGUGUACUUUAGUGAAAAUUGAUUUUGUGAAGAAAAUUUGUAGAAGUGGCAGGACUAUUCAGUUAGAAGAAAGGGGUUGUGGCUCUUGAGCAGAAAAAAAGAAGUUCGAUAUGGAGUGCAGUGAAGUGUGAGAAGCGAAAUUGACCCGAAAGUCGGCAAUCGAAGUUGAAGAGCUCGGGAAAAGUGUGAAAGUGACUGCGGAUCGUUCGAGGUCCUCUAGUAGGUGGAUUAUGUCUUCGCAUCCUGCAUACGACAGUGGCAACCCGGAGGAAGUUUUCUACUCAACCUAUGAACCGUCAAAGGAAGAAAUACUUGAGUAUGCAGUCAAGAUUGGCAUCGAUCCGGAGAAGGAAACCAACCUGAUUUAUCUCGCCCGACAGGGAUUGCUGCAUCCACUGCCGGAAAAUUGGAAACCCUGCUACAGCAAACAGGUCAAAGCGUACUACUACUACGACCGCUACACCCGAAAGUCCCAGUGGGAACAUCCGAUUGACGUCCUAUAUCGGCAAAAGGUGGUCGACGCUCGGAAGGCUCUGUCACUGGAUCGAUCGGACUCGACAUCUUUGGCCGACUCCGGUUUCCGUAGCUUGAAAUCGGCCGCCAGCAAUAAUAGCAACAACAGCAGUGGAAGUGGAAGUGCCGGCAGUGCCAGUGGAUGUGAGAAGUGUGAAAUCGAAUCACCGGCACCGGCUGCGGUUGUUGAGGAAGAAGCUGAUGGAAGCGACUGCGCUGCGGGCGCUAUCAGAAAGGAGUCCUAUGAACAGGAUCGGAUUUUUGGGAUCGUGGGAUCGGGAUCGGUGGAGUCCGACCGGGAGAAUAGUGUGAAGGAGGUUGAAAUUAAGAAGGAUCAGGCGGAAAAGGAUCCGAGUGUUGUAGUGGAAGAAGAGGACGAGAUCGAGGUGGGUGAAGAAGUUGGCAACGAGGAGGACGAAGAGGAAAGUGGAGAUUCGAAUAAGGAAAACAACAGUCAACGGUUGGAGUUGGCGGUUCCGGAGAGGAAGAUUGAUGAGGGUGGAGGAGCGAUGGCGCUGUCACCGAAAAUAUCGUUUAAUUUGGGUGCGAGCCUGAGGGAUCGAUCGGAGAACAGCUUGUCUCGCGGGUCUUUUCAGGGGUUCUCCAUUACCGGUACGGGGUCACAGUUUUUGAAAUCGAAUAAAAAACCAGAGUUUGACAGUUUGGAAUUUGGGAGGAAGGAGGAAGUGAAGGGAAUUUUAAGGGACUCAAGUCUGACGUAUAUUAAGAGCAAAGGAACACCGAAUGAGGAUUCCUCGGAUGAGAGGAAGAGUGUUCGGUUUGAUAUCGAUUUGAAUGCAGAGUUGAAAUCGAAUAAACUAGAAGCGGUGAGAGACGAUUCCUUGAUAAAUUUUGAGGAGAUUGCCGAGGGCUAUGAUAACGAUGCUGAAGAAGAAGCGGAGGAGGAAGAAGCAGUGGAAGGUUCGGAGAAGAAGUCUCCAAGCUCAACGGAGUCAUCCGAGGAAGAAUCGGUUGCGAGCGCAGUGAUAGACAGUAAGGCAGAGAUGGUUAAGGACGUGGGAAGAAGAUUUUCCGUUGAAAGGGUUAGUGAUGAUUCAAUAAGACAUCUAAAGGAUUCAAUUGCGGAUGAGAAGGCGCGAUAUAAGGCGAAACUGGAGGAGGAGCUGCAGAGUCUGAGAGUUUUGGAGGAAGCGAACAUACAGAAUGAGUUGACAAAGGAAAAGAACUGUUUCGAAGAAUUGUUGGCCAAAGAGAAGGACAAACUAAACGAUUCUCAUCAGAAGAAUAUUGAGGAGAUUAAAGAGUUCUAUCAGGUAAAACUUAAUGAGAUGAAGGCUGAUUAUGAGGAGGAAAAUGAAAAAGAGUAUCGGAUCUAUAGGGAAACGCUACAGGAAGAGUUCGACAGGAAGGUUAAAGAGGUUACUGAUGAGCAUAAAGCCACGAUGGCAACUCUUCAGAAGAAUCACGAUGAAAUUGUAGAAGAACUGGAGCGUGAUUUGAAAAUGGAAGAGGAGCUUCUCAAAAAAGAGCAUGCUACCAACCUGACGGAGAUGAAGAUUAAGAUGGCCCAUGAAUUGGAGGUCGAACGACAACGUAUGCGGGAAACUGGCGAAGACCGGUUGUACGAGAAGAUUCGCUGCGAGAAGCGACUGCUCGAAGACAAGUACAAAUGUUUGAAAGAGAAAUAUACUCGUCUGAAGACAGACGUUAGGAUUUCUCUCGAAAGGCGUAAGAAACGGCGUGAACAACAGCAGCAAAGUCUGCUCAGUAACAGUUACGAAACGGAUGAUCGCACCCACUCGAAGCCUACCUCUCAUUAUCCGUACGAAGCUAGGUCGAGCACCGCCGGACCUCCGUCUCUCAUGAUGAACUCGGAGAAAUCUUCAAUCAGCACUCCUCCUCCAUCGGCUGCUUCGAAGCGUUUCCCGGUCAAGAACAAUUAUCUAGCCGAGAACAAGAACAAACUACUUCACUACAAUGGUAACACCCAUAAACAACAGGUGGCUUCUUCCGCUCCAACUGAACCUCGCAAACCAUUUAUCCUGAAUAAUAACCGAGUACAGAACACCGAAGAUACAAGUCACAGCGAAACGACCUAUUCUAAGAACUACUUCCAGAUUCGUAGCAUCUUUGCUAACGUUCGUGACGACAAUUUCAGUUCGGAUUCCGAGUUUGACAAGAACCACGAUAAGAAUAGCGUUCCGAUGACUCGACAGAAGCGAAAGCUCUUCACGAAAACCAAAUCGGCAUCCACCUCGAAGCUGAACUCGUCCAAGCAUGACCGAGAGCGGCCUUGCACUCCGGUGGAAAAUCUACGAAUCCAGCUCAAGAAGCUUGAGGAACUGGAGGAUCAGAUUCCGGACUGUAACAUGGAUACGCCCUACCAUCUGCGGUACCCAUUUAGUGACCUGGCAAACAACGGUGGCAGUACGGAGCUUGACUUCUUCAAGCACCGUAUUUUGCUCGAACGGGACUCGGUAAUGCGGGCCAAGGAGUCACUGCGGGCACAGAAGAAUCUGUUCAAAUCGAAACAGCGGGACAUUUCGGUGAAGCACACGAUGAAGAACAAGCACACCGUGGAUCAGAUCUUCAAUGAGGAGAAAGAGCUAACGGAGAUGGAGGUGACAUUGCAUCGUACUCGUGCCCUCCUGGGCGAGAAGGUUAUUCGGUUGCGCCAUCUAGAGCGCUCGUUGCAAAAACUGUCGGAGAAGGAUCGUCCCACACUAACGGAGAGUAUCGAAAUCAAAAUGAAACCGAAGGAGGCGUUGAGUGAUCUGUCGUCUUACUCGAGUUCCGGUUUCAGCAGCACUGAUGUCCCCACGGAACAUGGCAACAUUCGACGGCCAUUCGCUGGGCACGAAUCGAACGAAACAUUCAAAUACCUGGAAAAUUUGCACAGUGAGAUUCAAGAUAUCUGGAAUAUUUUGAACCCCAAUCAUCAAGCAAGCGGAUACGAGGAGCUAGACUACCUGAAUAAUCCUUCGCAGCACUUUUGCGAUAUCGUGAUGUCCCCGAAGCCGGGAACCCUGGGCCUAGGAGGAAAUACGUCUUCUCAUCAGCAGGGACAGCAGCACCAAUAUCACCACCAGCAGCAGCAGCAGCACCAUCAGUAUACCGUAAAUCUGCUGGAGAAGACACGGGAUCUGAAGAAUUGGCUACGGCAAGCAAAAUCCGAACACGAGCUUCUGAAGAAGAAGUCCUUUGGGUAAGGUUUUAAAAUUUUGAACGGUAAUUUCAAUACUGUUGUGAUAGACUUCAAUUUUGAUUGAAGGUGUGCUUGUUUAUGUUAGGUAAGUUUUGUGCUGUUUCAAAUUAUGAUUUUAGCAUUUAUGGUUGAAUUUUUAUGUUGGGCGUGUACAAGUACCUGAGAAGAUCGUCCACGUCGACCAUGUCAUUAAGCAAUGCUUUGUUCUGCAACUCUAAGGUGGCCCCACUGUUUGCACAAAAAUCAUAUAUCGUAGUAUAUUGUAGUAUAUCCUUUCUCCUCAUACGAGUAAAAAAAACUUCUAUCGUCGUGUUAUCACAAACGACAAACCGACAUGACACUUCAUUCUGACUUAUGCCCGAAAAUCGUAAUCGGCCGAUUUAAAUGUGCAGGGAUUCGAACUGUCAAAACCACAGGAUUUAUUGAUCUAGAUAAAAAUAAUUUGUCGAGAAUAGAUCAGACACGAACCAAUUCAUAACUUUUGCAUGCGGGUUCAUGGCUUAGCUAAAUAUUUCCCGCAAACACGGAGCCAGAUGUCAGUAGUGUGCUUUGGUCAGAAUUUUUAUUGUUUUUGCUAUGCUCAUUCAUGUCGGUUUGUCGGUGGUGUUAUGAUGCAAACACACUGAUGAUAGCUUUAAGCGUCUUGUUGGCCUCUACUUAACCUUUGCGUUAUUGCUUUUAGGAAGCGGGUCAUCUCUGCUAGAAUAUGUUAGGGAAUAAGGAAGAAUGCUUCAGAAUGCUUUGUUCUGAACAUAGCAUAACGAUAGAUGUACCGAGUGAAAAGUAAUUCCUAUAGCCAUAAUUGGAACACAUAUAGAAGCGGUAGGUAGGUCAUUUGGCAUGAUGCAGUUUGACAUAAUGGUCAUCUGG